AUGGAUAAAGAAUUUCAAUUACAUCGAGAUCAUUUUCAAUCAAUACGUAAACAAUUAACUGAUAGUGAAAUUCAAAAUGUUGGCAAUGAAUUAAAAAUAGCAUUUAAUAAAUUAGAAGAUACAUCAAGUACCAUUCAACAAAUACCUACACUUCUUUACAUAUGUGGUACACGUGUUGAAUAUAAUCAUGAUCAAAUGCGUUCAUUUGAUUUGGCUAAAGCUGUUAAUUGUCAAAGACUUAUGCGAAAUUCUAAUAUUGAUACACGAUCUGGUAAUUCAAAUAAUAUUCAAUCAUUGAAGCCAUGUAGAGAUGGUGCAGACUGUUCUCUACAUCAUGAUGGAGAUAUACAGCAUAAUGAAUAUUAUUCACAUCCUUGCCGAUGGAAACAAGAAUGUAAAUAUGGUACCAGUUGCCGUGAACAAUCCGAUCCAAGACAUUGCGACCAUUUUCACCAUCCUACAAGAACAUCAUUAUUUGUUCCAUCGGCUACGGCUAGUAGUCACUUAUCAAAUAUGAACUCAGAUACUACACGUUCAUCGCGUAUUCAUACAAAUCAUGGUGAUAAUGGCAUGCAAAAAGCUUAUAGUAUUGGUGGUGCGAUAGCUUUAGAAAGAUUGAGCCAACAGGAUCAAACAACAAUAAAAAAUAUGCGUGAGGAUGCUGUUAUUGUCGUACCAGGCACCUAUGACCAUAUUGAUCAAGUAUUGACGAAACUUAAUUUAAAAUUUACCACUGUUCAACAGUAUGAAUUAAUGAAUUAUCCAUUGAAAACUUAUCAAACAGUAUAUAUUAAUUGUGCCUCCAACUUUCCUAGAGAAGCUGCUUAUCGUUUACGAGAAUUCGUUGAAAAGGGUCUUCAUAUAAUAACAACCGAUUGGGCAUUAAGAAACGUUUUACAAGUAGCGUUUUCUGAUUUCGUUAAACAUAAUGGACAAUCUACACGCGAUGAAGUUGUUGGUAUUGAAGUAGUAGAUCCUAAUCAUGCAUUUGUUAACGGUUUCGUAUUAGCAGCUACACAUGCUGAACCACAAUGGUGGCUUGAAACUGGAUCACAUCCGAUUGAAAUUGUUGAUAAAAAACGAGUUAAAGUUCUUAUUCGUUCACAGGCUUUAUAUGACAAAUAUCAAUCUGAUGCUGUUAUUGUUACAUUUGAUUGUGGACAAGGUAAUGUUACACAUAUGAUUUCACAUUUUUAUUUACAACGUUCCGACACACCUAAUGCUCGUCAUAAGAUGUCUGCUCAACAAUAUGCACAAGACAUUAAAGCAUCAGAUAAUAUUACCAAACUAAUUAGUAAAGAUGGUCAAAAUUUGAACUAUGCUCAGAUUCAAUCAUCAGCAACUUCAGCUCAAUUUAUUUAUAAUCUAGUUUCGAAUCGUCUUAACUCUACAAAUCAAUCGACUUCAUCAACACAUAGUCGAAAAAAUUUUCAAUAA